AUGAGCAAUUCUUCAUCCAACGCGACAUCGCCCUCGACAUCCAGUCGGCCUUCUACGGCAAAUACAACCUUUGCCACUAGCAUGGUCAAGUCAGGGUCCAACCGCUCACUAUUCCACCAUCAGAAACCAGUAUCUCGCUCACGGCAAAACACAAUGGGCGGACUUGACUUUAACGAAGAUCUUGUACGCAACAUUGGAUCCGAUUACCAAGAUAUACAAAUCCGUACCUUGACAAAAUGGGUGAAUGCGCAACUUGCGCAGGUGAAUGACUCGAUUGACAAUAUCAAAACCGAUCUCAGGGACGGCAAAAAGUUGCUCAAGCUGUUAUCUGUGAUAUCCAACGAAACAGCACCCAAACCAGAACGCAUGAACAUGCGUAUCCAUCAGCUUGCCAAUGUGGCUCAGGCACUGGGGUUUUUGGAAAAGCAAGUUGGAUCAGAUACCAUGCCUGAUAUUGGAAAUGAGGCUAUCGUGAACGGGGAUGCAAAAAAGACGUUGGCAUUAAUUUUUUUCAUCAUGCUAAAAUACCAAAUCCAAUUAAUUGUAACUGAACAUGGCGAUGACUAUAUGCAGUCGUUGUGUGACCUUUCCGAAAGAGAAAAUGGCACUAAAUCAGAAUUCAGCAUGGACCUUAACAACAACAAACCAGCAGCAACCAACAAUGCACCUGCUCCACUAGCAUCAUCUCGCAAACUUAACAGCCAAAAUUCUAUCGCAGACAAGCACACAUCUACUUCCGCCGAAGCCAAAGUAGCCCUCCUCUACUGGGUCCGCAUUCAACUAGAAGACUACAUUGCCGCCAAUCUCAUACCCUCCAUACAAGACUUCUCCAGAUCAUGGAGAACAGGCGUCGCCUUUUGUUUACUGAUCCACCGCCAUAAUCCUGCUCAUAUACCCGAUUUAUUCAACACGCACCUGGCAAUGGACCUCACAGAAAAGAGUACAUGGCAUCAGUUAUUGAGAUUAGCAUUUGAUCUUGGCACCAAUAAAAUGGGCAUCCAAGCUUAUUUGGAGCCUGAAGAUUUAGUCGAUGUUGAUUAUCCUCAUGAACCAAGCGUCAUGAUGUAUGUGAGUGAAUAUUACAAGAUCAUGUCCAGAUUUCAGAAAGAGGAGCCUACCAAUUUAAAGCGAGAACGUGCAGUAAAGCGUAAGGCGGCUAUUGUCAUGGCGUGUGGUGGAUCACUGGACGACGAUGAUGACAACGAUCAGGAUGCGAUACCUAGAAGUGAAUCACCUAUACCCACAGACGCUAUACCAUCCUCCAGCAAAACAGCUACAUCACCAAAGCACCUAGAGCCACCUGUGCCUAUUCCCAUGCCAUCCGCGCGUCGAAAAAAGAAAAUGGCGCAACGAGAAUCUACCUUGGGCAAGGAAGACAAGGCGCGUAUCAAGGCAGAUUUGAACAGCAAAUUGAUGAUGCAACUGACAGGCCAUUUACCACGAGGAGUUCACCCCAUCCUUGAUCAGCUGCUGACCAUCCAUGAAACCGUGCUUUCGUUUAUCAAGCUCAAUACACGCACCAUUGACGAAAUACCAGAGGAAUUCGUGAGCUCCUUAUCUGUGUCUGAGUACAUUGAUGCAUUGGAGAUCAUUGAGGAGCAGGCUGACAACGAAGUGGACCAUUUAGAGACUGCAGAAAAAGCCGUAAAUAUCUUAACGUCACCACCAGAGACUGCAGACGAUACCAUCAUCCGACUGACGGAUUUACAGCGAACGCAAGUGACCAAACUGUACGACAUCUUGCAAAAGGAAUGGGAUCAGUUUUUGGAUCUGCUCAACACCACCAAAGACGACUUGUUGACAGUGGAAAGGGCGCUGAUUGAUACGGAGGAGGGUGCUGAGGAGUACCAGGCACGUGCGAGCACAUUGGAGAAGGAUUUGGUGCACUACAGGCAGUUGCUGGAACAAGUACCGCCUUCGGCCGUGUUGCAUCCUUUGGAGGCAGAUGAAGGGGCAUUGCAGGCCAACCAGGCUGCUUACAAGGAGCGCUUGAACGAUUUCUGCCAGCAAUUCACAGACUACCAAAACACCGUGUGGAAAGACUUCAAAAAGGCGACUCGACAACUCUCACGUUCUGUCAUGCAAACUGUGUCUGCGCGAUCUAGUCAAAUCAUGCAGAUGUUUGAUGCGUUGGUCGCUGCUAUGGAAAAGGAGCAGCGAUCCUUCAAGGACUUUGAACGCGGUCUUGUGAUUGCCAGUACAGUGCAAGCCAUUGAAAAGGAGCUAGAGACCAUCCAGCAACUGAUGGGCGACAACAAUGGUCAAGAAAAGGCCACCACCCAUGAUGCUAUUCAAUUGCUGGAGACCAAAGUAUCCGCUGUUCGAUCCAUCAUCUUCAACACCAAGGAGGAGUACAGCGAUCUACUGCAGCAAGAUACACGCUUCACGGAGCUGUUCUCUGGUAUUGAACAAAAGUACGAAACGGUCAAUGCUUGGGUAGAUCAAGUGCGUGUAUGGUUUGUGGAAGCAGAGCGUAUUCGUGGCUGGAUCGAGGAGCGUACACGCAUCAUUGAGGAACGCAAUCAAGACGUGCAAGUAGAUCCUUUGAGCGAGGAUUUGAGAGUGGAAGAUUGGGAUGCUGCUACCACAGAGCAACUGUACCAACAACACGACAAGCUGAGACGCGAGAUUGAGCGCUUUAAUCAAGAUGACAUGACUCGACUGCGAUCGCAUGUACGCGUACUGACAGGCACAACGGAUCGCAACUUGACACCAGCCGAUGCCUCCACCAUUGAAAUCACGUUGAUGACCUUGACUAUCCUGGAUCGCAUGAUGCACAUGUUACGAACACGCUCCAAACUGGUAGAUACAUUGAAAGUGCGCAUUCAAUGGGACACACUGAUGGACAAGGCAGUGCAAUGGUGUAUACGCAAGGAAAGUGCUAUACAAGAGUUUAUGCUUGGGAAAGCACGGUGGACCAGCAACCAUGCGGACGAAGAGGAGAUGUCUCAUCAUCAACUGAAGCAACUGACGGAGCAAGUGAUUCAAAUUCUGGUGUCGUUAGAGAACAGUAUUGCUGAAUUUGAUAAAGGCGACUUUUCUGCCGUGUUGGACACAUAUCAAGAGAUGGAAGAGCUGGAAGGUGCCCUGCCGCGUCAUCUGGAAGAGAGACAAGAAGCCUUUGAGAGACAAUUUGAACUGGUCAUGAAGCAGUGUUCGUUUGCUCGCAAGAUUGUUGAGCAGUAUCUGGUGGUCAGUGAUAUUGCAGCACAAUUCAGAAAGUUGCGUGUAGAGGGAGAGAAGCUGAAACGGUCCAUGUCGCACUCCUCCAGCACAAGCACCGCCACAACUACAACAGCAGCAGCAGCAGCGGAUACCAACUACCAUGAACGCGUGCAGGUGUUCAAGGACAAUGCAUCUCAUUGGGUCACUGUAUUGAUGAAGCGUGCUCCCUACCCUGAAGUACCUGAGAUGUUGGAGGAUCCCAGUAGAUCGAACGAAGAAGCCAACGAAGCAAUUCGAAAUCGUAUGAACGAAUACGCUACCUACCUUGCUGAAGUGACAGAGGAUCUGGAAGAGCUGCUUGCCUCUCAUCGUGAAAACCUGUCUCUGCAGCAACGUGCUAGUCUUGCUUACGAUGACAUGUUGCGCAUCACGACGUGGCUAGAAGACAGACUACGCGCGCUGCAAAAGUUUGAUGCCUCUAUUCUGGAUCCAGACGAAGAAGACAACAUUGCAUUAGAGACAGAAGCCAUUGAGCGUCUUGAAAAGGAGCAAGAGAGCAUUGCCCACAAGCUGGCUUAUUUGCAAACACAUGACAUGGUGCACGUCCUGGAGGCUGUGAGAUUGUUGGAGGUGGAAAUUGACCAAAGUAAUUCAGUAUCGAUUGAUCGUCAAACGCUGGUGAAUGGCGUGGAGAACUUGGAGCAGGGUCAUGGGGAUCUCAAGGAAUCAUUGCAGUUGAGAAAGCAAGAGUUGGACGUGAUAAGAAAGCGCAUUGCUUGGGAAGCUCAGUGGGAUACAGCGCAUCGUACCAUCCAUGGAUUGGCGUUUUCUCUGUGGGAUUUCAACAAUCGAUUUGCUCAAUACGACGCCGAAGGGCUGAAAAAGAGAAGAAGUGAUCUGGAGGCAACCGCGCCAGAGGAGAUGGAGGUCAAUAAGCAAGACGUGUAUGCUGACCUGGAGGAUCAGGUCAAGGCUACAAAUACCAACUUGCUAAUCAUCGCUUCGGACGACGCUUUUCAACAACUUGAAACUGCUUACCGCGCUUACAUGAACAGCGAGACAAACGCUAUGCCUGGCUUUAUUGUUAGCAAGCAGAACACCAUCAAGUCGGAUCAUCACCAUUUGCAACUGCUGUCUAAUUAUGUGUCUGACGUGUUGAAACAGCAUGAUGCUCUCGCUGAUUUCAUUUCUGCAUCUCGUCAACUGCAAUCUCAAGGUGAGGCAGCCAAGGAAGCGAUUCAAAACUCGCUAAGAGAGACAACGUCUGCUUCCAAGGCGACAGCCACAGUAUCUUCAUCCACCUCCACUGCCAUUGCAACCACCGCCACCACGGAUACAGUAGCGGAGGAGCAAAAGCAGCUGUUGGAGCAAAUUACCAGCAUUCGAUCUCACAUUAGCCAAUUGAUAGAGCAAGGCAAAAGAAUCCAGCCUUUGCAAGGUGGAAAUUGGUUCGAGCCAUUACAGCCUCAGACAUUGGUCUCUCCUGACGACUACGGUGCUCAAAUCAAAUUGCUCGUAGAUAAAAACGUUGAGGCACUGAUCAAACUCAACACAUCAUUAACCGCCAUCCUGACUUCGUAUCAGUAUGCGGAUUCUGUCAAAUCCAAGUUGCUACAGUACCAGGCUGAAGCAAGUGAGAUCCAAGAGGCCAUUGAUGUAUUGACCAAGCAACUCAACAGAAAUCACAUCGACAUUACUACGGUAUCCAGCAACUUGUCUAUGGACAUGAUUACUACCUUCAAGUCAGAACAUGCACGUUUGGCGUCCAAGUUGGCAGAGUUUGAAACUGCCAGCGUAUCUGCAUUCCAGUCGCGUCUGAAUGAGCUGAUCAAGCAAGUGCAAAGCGACGAUUCCUCUGCGGUGGAAGGAAUAGCAGAUACGUGUCGUCAUUUGAGUGAAUGUGUGUCUCGUAGCAUGCUCCUGCUCGGCCAGUCUUUUGCGACUCAAUGGAUCAUGUUGGACACGGGUGAAAAGAGAUUGCAAUGGGAGGUCAACAUGGAUGAAGGUCAAUGCCGUCUGGAUUUCUUGAACCAUCAGCUUUUGGAGUAUGUCUCUAAAAAGAACAAAUGUGUGGCACAGCAAGAUACCUUAUCCAAGGAGACAAUUCAGGAACUACUGGGUCAUUGUUCUGACAUCUGUGCACAAGCAGAUUGUUUCCAGCAAGACGUAUUAGCAGCAUUGGAAUCAGAGUUUCGCCAAGUAGCAUCUUUGUUUGUCAAGCUUCCUCUCACCAAGUCCAUCCCAGUUCACAUUCAAGAAAAGAUGGACAUGAUGAACAGGGCAUUCACAAAGCUACAGGAAGCAUUGGAUUGGCGAUUCAAAGAGCUCGAGUACAUUCAGCAACGAAGUGAUCUGGAGAUCAACAUCAAACAAGCCAUGACAGACCUGGAUCAGCAUAGAAAGGACUUGGCCGCCUUUGUGGAGGAGAAGGGCCGUUGGAACCCAGAUGAGGCAAAGGGAGACAGCACUGAAUCUGAAUGGCAAAAGAAGAAGACAGCCUUUGAUCUGUAUCGUACUUCAGUACUGGCAGGUAUCAAGCAACACUAUCACACACUUCAAAGCAUUUCGGAUGCCUUGAAGCCUGGGUUCAUGUCUGAGCUUCAUACCAAGCGUAUUGAACUCUUGAGCCAAGCAGAAGACUAUGUGGAGGCAGACAUCUCUUACGCACAGGAACUCAUCACGCAGAAAAAGCAGAUCAAUCACUUUUUGGAGCAAUCCACCGAGCUGGAGAAAAACGCAGAGACCAUUCGAGAGCUCUUCUUGACAUCGUCUGCUGAUGCGCUUGUGCCUGCUAUGAGCGCCUCUUCAUCCGAGCUGACCAAACGGCUAGAUGAUUUUACAGCUAAAGUCAACAUGAUCAAGGCCUUUGCUCAGCAUGAUAUUCUGGUGCCCAGACGCUGCAAUGAGGAGGACAUUUCCAUGCCUACCAAAGUCAAAGACAGGACCAUGAAUUCUGUUGUGCAAGACGUGAUUGACACCAAACUAGCUCGACUGGAUGAACUGGUACAGAGCCUGUCGUCUUUACUCAAGUCGCAACAAGUGUUUACUCGACUGCAGUACAAUGCGGACACCUUUAAAAAGCAAAUCAACGUGUGUGAUGCUUGGAUAUCUUCUCGACGCGAUAUUUUGGAGAAAAGUGUGCACGUCUUGGAUGAUGAGAACCUAUCCAUGGACAUCAACCAUCUGAGAGACGCUGUGAGCGAGGCAGACAGCAUCCAGACUGCCAUGAAGGCUCAAGACAACAAUUUCACGCUACUCUGCAAGUACAGAGAAAAGUACAUCCAGCUGUUUGACGAGCAGGGGCUGCUCAGCGAAGAAGAAAAGCAAGUUAAGUUGCAAGAAUACGAUCACGUCUGCGAGGAUUUCGAUGUCAUUAGCCGUCAGUGGGAUGAUCUGCUGCUGGAAACCAAGGAAGUCUCCAACGCCCUGUCUAUUGCCCUGCUUCCAGCGGAACUCAACAACCGCAUUGCUUAUUUGAUGUCCUCUUUUGAAGCACUCCAGACAGAUAUCCGCUCCACAGAUGAAGCCCAUGUGACAGAUCAGCAAAUCAGUGGAUGGCAAAAGCGCAUUGAUUUCCUCGAGUCCAAGGAGUACGACCGUCUCCACUCAGAAAUAGCAGAAUACAAGCACACAAUCACUGCCGACAUGAUUGAGUCUCUGAUGGCCAAGCUGGAUCUUGCGGGUGAUACUGUAUUGACAAUCCGAGCCUCACUGACCAGCCUGUACGAUAUCAUCAAUGCAAGUCGUCUUCGGAACACGCAUGCCGAGAAUUCAGAACUGUUCCACAGUGCUGCAGCCAGGGUCGUCUCUUUAAUAUCCCAAGUACAGUAUGGCAAAUUUAGUACUACCACGGACAAACAAACAGCAGAGGAACGGUUAGACCACUUUAGAGAGCUAAAGACCGCUCACAAGCAGAUCAAGGAGGCUGUACUGGAGUGUCAAGGCUUUUACGACGAUUCAUGCUCUUAUUAUACUGGCAUGCGGGUGCAGGAUGUGAUUACCCCUGAAGCACAACAAGUGCAGCAAAACGUGGAAUCCGCUUGGCAAACACUGCAGGUGAAAAACUCGGGUUUAGCUGCUUUUGUCACAAGAACCUCCAAGUGGAUCGAAGGCUGUGACGAACUGGAUAAAAUGGAAUCUACCUUGGAGAAGCUGAGACAGGACGUAGAUCAGAUUUUGCUGGUGCAUCAACCCUCAUCGACGACCAAGAGCAAACUACUGAAAUAUGAAAAGAAGCUCAACACCCUGUCCAUGAGCCAAGAAGAGCUUGAAAGCACCGUCAAGAACUCGACUGAUCUGUCUGAGGAUGAAGCCAACAAGAUGGGGUUCCUGAACCGUAGCCAAAAGAUUCGUGAGCUCAGAAACACUAUUCAACAAGUGCUGGACAAGCGACGAUUGGACAAGGAGAGAACCAUCCUGUUUGAUGUCUUCAAGACAGAAGUAGCCAAGGUAGCCAAAAUGUGCGAGGACCAAAUUUCGUAUAUCCGCCAACAAGCAAACACCAACCCUGAACAUCAUCUUAAAAAGAUUGACGCCAUCAAUAGCAUCAUCACUGCUUAUAGUGCAGCCUUAACACACAUCCAAGAUAACUACAGCGAAUGCAAAAUCAAAUACGAUGGCAUUGUAUCAGAUCAAGCUACCAAACUUGUCAAGGUCUACGAUCACCCUGUCGCUCAGGUGAAUGAAUGCAAAUCAGCCUUGGAGAAAUCGCUCAAGGAACUCAAGGGAGCGCUCAAGACGGAAAAUGACUAUGUAACCUCCCUGAAGCUGCUUAGCCGUUUGAUGAAGUUUGAAAAGGAAAUCAGCAGAUCUGUUACCGAACUCAAGGCUACGGUAUCACGCUCUUACAAUAGCAGUAGCAGCAAAGGCGCCGCUUCCACCACACGCGCUGCCAGAGCCAGAGACUUGCCCGAGUUGAAGGAGUUUAUGCAACGCUACGAAUCCAUUGAAACGUCAAUGCAAGAGUUCCACCAAAAGUGCAAUGAUCUAGAAAAGAACCUCAAUAAGCGCAUCAGUGCUACCAGAACAGGCGCCAUUACCAAAGCGGUGGACAAACGUAGGGAUGACAUGAAUAGAAAGUGGACCGAUAUCAAAUCUUCCGCAGAUGAGACACGGGACAGACUUGACAUGUUGCACAAACGUCAAACCGUAUCAUCCAAGCUGGCAGAAUCUUUGAAAUACGUGGAUAAUCUCAAAGAGAGAGUAGAGGCAUUACAGUUGUCUGGUAAAAACGUGUUGGUCGAGGAGCAAGAACUGGAUGAGAUUCAAGAAGAGAUUGAUGUGACCCUCACGAAGAGCUCUAUGGACAUUGAUCUCAUCAUGAAAAACAUGAGUUCGAGCGAGCUCCUGGUGGCCAGCACGUCGUCUCCUACCGUGUCACUCCAGAGUCAACGAGAUAAGCUGUCCAAAUCAGUAGAGGACCUGCGUCAAUUAGUCAAGCAUCGCCGAAAGCAGGCACAUACGGAAGGAAGCAUCACUGAAUUCUUUGGCAUCACGGAUCAAGUAGACGCCGAAAUUGUUCAUUUAUCCAAAGUAGUCGAGGAAACAUCCGCCCAGCACGCCAGCGUGAUAGGCUCCAAGUUCAACAAGGCUGAUUUACAGUCUUUGCUAAAACGCUUAGUAUCCGCUUACAAGAAGAGCGAACCACGUGUCUCGGAUCUCUUGUCCAAAGCCAAAUCCGAGUCUCAAAAGCAGUUUUUGGAUGACAAUGAACGAGUGGCUAAACGAUUGAAAAAGACGUUGAAAGACUGGUCCAACAUGCAGGCAUCGGUAUCAACACGCGAAAAGGAACUGCAAACGUGUAUCAAGGAACUCAACCACGAAUUCUUUACCAAAUUGGCCAUGGCAAAAUCAACACCCAAGGAACGACGAUCUCGAAGAGCAAGCAACAGCGACAAAAAGGGCGCUCAGUUACCGCCAUCAGGUCCACGACCCUUGGGUAGUUUCAGAUCAUCCACACUUUCCACAGAGAUGAAAAUAACCUCGCCUAAUUCUACAGCCACUCGCAAAUCAAAGACGCCUUCUUCACCGCCCUUUUCAGCCGGUAAAAACUAUGUGUCGGAUCCCAAGAAUGAAUUGGAUGUCCAAUUAGGUCUGAUUGUCAAUGAGAGUCCAUUCAAGAUGAAGGUCAAGAUGGUGCCUGGUGAAGUGGGUAAAUACUGGUUUGGUGAAGAGCAUCCUAGGUUAGUGUAUUGCCGUAUUUUGCGUAGCAAGAUGGUCAUGGUGCGGGUAGGUGGUGGCUGGGAAGAAUUAUCAAAGUUUAUGAAGGAUCAUGGUCAUAGUGAUGGUUUAGCUACCAAAUCAGACACGGGCGAAACACAUUAUGUUACUGUCAACACAUUCCAAGAAGACGACAUGCCCUCGUACUCUGUGACAACACGAAGCGGAUCUCCCAUGGGCCCUAUUGUGGGUACACCGAUCAUUCGAAGAGGCAGCGGUGUCAGUAGUAGUCUGACAAAUGGAUCUUCCAAUUCUUCUUCAGCGGCUGGCUAUAUGGAUGGCGACAAGUUUAUUCAGACGGAUCAAGAUGGCAAUCGAAUUGCUCUCAAGAUGGUCAAAGCAGAUCAUUCUGCUACCACUACUACCAGCAGCACAACCACAACUACUUCCGCUUUGAAGAGAUAA